GCUGCUCACGGGAUAUUCUCAAAGUGGCCGUGGACGUGACCAGCAGCGCCCAGCUGGAGCGCCGUUAAUGACUUAAAGUAACGAUGUUAUUCUAGGUUGACUCCGUUUAGGAUUUGUAUUCGAAUACAAAGACAUUUACACUGAAGAAGUAGCAAAAGUUUUUUUCUUUUUCACUUUUUAAACUCCUUUUUAACCCCAAAGAAGUCGCCUACCUGUUUCCAUAUUUUGGAAAGGAUUUAACGCACACAGGAAAAUGAAGCCACGGAUUUUACUGACCUUCCUGACGUUUGUCGGUUCUUGUUUGUGUAAUGGAUCUGAACUGGCUUUCCUUACGGAGCCCAGCGACGUGAUCGCGGUACGGGACAGGCCGUUGAUGCUGGACUGCAAGGUGGAAGGCGAGGGUCCCAUCACGGUGACGUGGCAUAAGAACGGAGCGCCGCUGCUUCCGGGAGUAGGCAGUCGGGCGAAGAUCCUAUCCAAUGGCACGCUCUUGAUCCGCAGCUUCCAGAAGAGACGGGAUGGAGAUGCUACCGAUGCUGGAGAGUAUUACUGUGCUGCACAGAACCACUACGGCAUGCUGGUCAGCCGCAAGGCCCGUGUGCAGCUUGCAUCUCUCCCUAAAUUCCACACUCACCCAGAGUCCAUGUCAGUAGAUGAGGGAGGUGUUGCACGUUUCCAGUGUCAGGUCAGUGGCAUUCCUGAGGCCAACAUCACUUGGGAGAAGGACCGUGUUGUGCUUGGAACCUCUGAUGACAGGUACACACUUCUCCCAAUGGGUAUUCUGCAGAUUACAGGAGUUAAGAAAUCAGACGCUGGCGUCUACCGCUGUGUCGCCACCAACAUCGCCAACACCCGCUACAGCCAUGAAGCCUAUCUGAAUGUAACCGGAGGUGUCCCUCGCACAUAUAAGGAGCCAGUCAUCCUGUCCGGCCCACAGAACCUCACCAUUACCGUCCAUCAGACCGCCAUCCUGGAGUGUAUCGCCACCGGAAACCCUCGCCCCAUUGUGUCUUGGAGUAGACUUGAUGGCAGAUCCAUCGGAGUGGAGGGCAUUCAGGUGCUGGGCACGGGCAACCUGAUGAUCUCAGAUGUCUCCCUUCAGCACUCUGGAGUAUAUGUGUGUGCUGCCAACCGGCCUGGCACCAGGAUGAGGCGUACCGCACUGGGCAGGCUGGUAGUGCAAGCUCCUCCAGAGUUCAUUCAGUGGCCGCAGUCUGUGUCUAAGCCAGCAGGGGGCAGUGCAGUGUUCACAUGUGUGGCUCAGGGUGUUCCUGAACCUCAUAUCAUAUGGCUGAAGAAUGGAAAGAUACUCACGCCUGGUGACAAUGUGAAACUCACUAACAAUAACAGCACCCUGGCCGUGACUCGCAUCACAUCAGAGGAUGAGGCCAUAUACCAGUGCAUCGCUGAAAACUCUGCCGGCACUAACCAGGCCAGUGCCCGUCUGGCUGUGUCCCUGGCCAAAGAGCUGCCCGAUUCCCCUCAGGGCCUGAAAGCCACGGCUCUGUCUAAAACCACCCUGCAGCUCUCCUGGACUCAGCCGCCGGCCGAAAUCACAGACGGGAUCAUCGGAUACGUGCUGCACAUCCGCAAGUAUGGUGAGCCUGAGAGUAAAGAGCUACAGGAGGCUGUGAGUAAGACAACAUUUCAGCAUGACCUCACAAACCUUGAACCUGCGACCACCUACUCCAUCUACCUGAAGGCCUACUCUCCUCUGGGUGCCAGUGAACGGUCCAGUACUGUUGUUUCCACAACACUAGGGGGCGUGCCCAGUCCGCCUACAUUUUUCACCAAAGCAAUAAACAGCACAGCAGUCCAGGUCCUAUGGGAGCUGCCCAGUAAGCCUGGGAAAACAGAGGGUUUCCGACUGUCAUACCGCAGGGUCCCCCACGGAGAGAUCCAGGGGCCGAUUCAGCUGCCAUGCCAUGUUAACGCUCACACCUUCUCUCGUCUCGACCCCGGCUCUGUGUAUGAAGUCAAACUGGUGGCCUACAAUGGCAAUGGAGAGAGUGACUGUUCAAAGAAACUCGUGUCACUGGCUGAGGACGGCACUAGUGCUAAAACUAGAGCAGGAGAGGAAACUCACUGUAACUGCAGGGGUGUGGAGAACUCGAUCAGCAGUAUUGUGGUUGGCAUCCAUAUUGGCAUGGCCUGCAUCAUUUUCUGUGUGCUCUUCCUCAUGUUCGGAUAUCGGCGCAGUUUCCUCUGUAGGAAAGGGACUCAGGACAGCUGGUCUGUGCCACAGGGCGAAGAUGGAGGGCACCAUUCUCAAAGCAAUGGCAUCCCAAAAGAGGGAGUAACACGGCCUGCUCAAGGCAUUGAAUUAGUUCCUCAGGGUCCUAAUAUAGAUCGCCAGACACAAUGCCAGGUUCUUAUCGAGCAGCACUCGUCCAGUCUGCCAGGCACAGGCACGGGCACUGGCUAGCCCUAGCCUCAUUGAUCUCACUCUUUGUGGUUCCUCUGCCUAGCCUGUCCACCAAAGUCCCCUUUAAUCCAUAUUUAUCUUGCCCUGGCUGUCACCUAAACUGCUGCUAGUGUUAAAGAGUGUAAAUUAAGUACAAAAAUGGAUAUAGAGUUUUGUUUCUUUGCUUCCUCCUUUCAGAACCAAAACUUGACUCCUUCAAGAUCCGCACAAGAACACCAAAUGAUAGCCUUAGUAAAUACUGUACACAGUUUUUAAUGCAUGCUAAGUUACAAAUAGUUUUACAGCACUCUUUCUGAGCAUAAAUACACAAUGGAAACAAAACAAAACAAAAAAUGAUACCAAAACAACGUUAUAUUUUAUUACCAAAGGGCUUUCUGCUAAAAACCAAAAUUUCCUUUUGCAAUGCGUCCUUGGGUAAUAAAACGUAGCCUAAUGUUGUGUCCGAACUGAUGCCAGAUAUAAAGACCAAACAAUAUUUCUCUUCAAACUCUUACAUAAGAUUUAGCGAACUACAUGAUUUACAAAACAAGCUAUAUUCUCAGUUGAUUACAGGGAACAGAGGUUUGUUCCAUUUGUUAGCCUUAGCUCGGAUAUAUACCAAGAUUAAUAACGUGGCCUUGCUUUUGCCUUCGCUUGUGGUUGUGUGAGUUCAAAUAAAUUGAUUGUUAUAUGUUUCACCGUACAUGCCUCGAGGCAGGCUACCCCAGAGGAACCAUAAAGGUGAUGGAUUCUUCCCACCUUUCCCGCUUUCCUAUCCUUCGUAAUACCCACCAAAAGCUGUAUACCUCCAAAGAUAGCUACCUCAGAAUGUUAUUUUGGGCUAACAUUAGUCCCUGCUGAUAAAGCACGCCUACCUCAGCCAAAAAAUGUCCAGAUACCCGCUACUCUUCCCACUGCCAGUGCCUGUGCCAUCUGCCUCCAGAACCUGUAUUCAGGUGCCCAUCUGGUCGACUGCCAUGGAGAGUGUGACCUUGGCUGCUCCAAAUAUUGCCUUAGCAGACAAAAGCUGUCUGGGAACCCCUCCCUACCUCAUCAUCGUCCAGAGAUGUGUACACAACCAUUAAUACUUCAAAAACACCUUUGAUGCGAUUCUUUCCAAGUGCAUCGUACAUUUUGGAUCUGGUGAUUUGCAUCCUGUCAAGCCAUUCCGAAGGAUUCCUCUCUGAUGCUGCUAAACUCCAAAGAAAAUGAUGAAAGAGCAGGAAGAGAGGGGGAUUCGUUUUGUUCGGAGAAUUUGAUGUGAAGUUUGCAUGGAAAGUAUGGACCUUUGAAGAUAUUGUUGGGCCUUUCCAUGUGGAUACCUUUCCGUUUAACCAAAAGCUUAGGCUACUUUGCUUCCCACCAAGGAAUAUGGAUGUUUAUCCAAAGUGAUUCUUUUCAUCCAAACCAACUGGUCUUUUCUCCAGAUGCCAAAUCGGUUGCCAUGGGAACUUGAAGGAGCUGCGAGAUGAUGGUUGAUUUUGGGUUUACUGAGAAACCGCCACAUUCUCUCUUCCCCCAAACAAACAGGCAUGGCAGCAGAUUAUCCAAAAAUGUUUUUGAUAUGAAAACCAAGCUUUAUGAUAUCCAAAGAUGUACAAUUUUUUUAAGGUUUUCAUUUGUCUUUAUACUCAUUUCCUAAGCCAUUGUGUUGACGCUUUUGCAGUUCAUGUUAAAAGGGGAAGUUGCAAUAAAAUGUACUUAAUUAAUAACAAACCUAUUCACACAAAUAUCUGCAACAACACUCUUAAAAAACGAGGGGUUUGCAGAACCUUUUUUGGUUCCUCAAAGAACCUUCUUAAAAAACAUUAUUUUCUUAAUAUGAAGAACAUUUUAAUAAUCUAAAGAACCUUUUUCUACUAUAAAGAACCUUUAGUGGAAUGGAAAGAUUCUAUGGAUGUUAAAACUUCUUCAUGGAACCAUCGAGGUCAAUAAAGAACCUUUAUUUUUAAGAGUGAAUAAUAAGCUUUAAUAGUCAAAUUUCACAUCUUCCCUCUUUUGACACUGAACUGUCAGAUUUUUGUUUGAAAACCUUUUAACACUGAAUUAAUAACCAAAUGAAAAUGGGAUAUAUUUUCAAGGAGAUUUUAUAUGUUGAUAUAAGAGAAGGAACAUUUGUGUCCUCUUUAUGAUAAGAGUUGAACUUGCCAAAUAGUAGAAUGAUAAUAAUAAUGCCAAAUACCUCUUUCAUAUUUACCAUUUGUAAACUUUAUAUUUUGCAACACUUCAUUACCAAAGCACAUGAACAUACAAGAGUGUACGGUAUAUGUAUGUAAAUGUGUGUUUUGUGAUUGGCUAAAGGCCCGUUCACACCAAUAACGAUAACUAUAAAGAUAACCAUAACGAUAACUAUAUUUGCGUCCACACCAACGAACGAUAACUAUCUGUUUAUUCUAAGCUCACGCGCUGAGGUUUCAAAGUGUGUACAUGUUUUUGCUGUUCUUGUUGCAUUUACACGGUUUUAACCAGCAGAUGUCCUCAGCAUGCUGUUUCGAGUGAAUCGCUAGCAUAAUCGAUCUAAUCUAACAGUGAAUUUAGCUGACGAAGUCAAUAUAGUGAAAUAAAAACAACGCCUAGUCUUUUCCACUGCAUCUUCAAAGGAGGCAAGACGUUGUCGAAACUAGCGCUGGAUAUCUGAGGUAAUUUUUAUGUUACACUGUUUGCUAGCCUGGCAUAAUGAUCUCAUCGUUAAUACUUAUAACCAUUUAUUCUGAGGGUAUGACCGAUUGUUUUCGACAUAACCAUUUUAUUUAAAUAUUCUUGAAAAGGGGGUUUGACUUGUCAAAAAAUGGUGGAUUUUUCUGGACCGCGGCGGUUAACUUCACCGCAAUGCCGUUUUAAAUGCGCGAGCGCUUAAAUUAGAAUGGAUUCUGAUUGGCUGUCAGUUUUUUUUUUUUUUUUAUCGUCCAACAGCUGGAAAAAAUCGUUCUCAAAGUGAUCCCAACGAUAUCGUUUCUCUAUAUCGUUAUCUUAUAGCUGUGGUGUGGACUGUGCUAUCCUUUUAUAUUUAGAACGAUUUUUAGAACUAAUAUCGUUAUCUUUAUAAUCGUUCUUGGUGUGAAUGGGUCUUAAAGGGUUAGUUCACCCAAAAAUGAAAAUUCUGUCAUUAAUUACUCACCCUCAUGUCGUUCCACACCCGUAAGACCU